AUGGAGACCAAAUGGACUUGUGCCGAACAAGACGGGAACCGACACAUUGCGAUGGAAGAAGCUCUGGGAGAUGGAGCUGGUCUGACAUCCGAGAGUGACACGAUGGCCGCGAGACGAUCGAACAACGAGUCGCUGGACCUGACCACCUCCCAGCGAGAGCACCACGAGCACCACAAUGCUUGGUAUGACGACUUUGCCAUCGAAGGCAUCUCCCAGGGAGGCUUCCAACCGGCAAUGCCUGGAUGGCUUGUCAAUGUUCAACCUGGUAGCGGACAUGAAUGGAUGGCACCUGGACCAAGCGACCAACGCGGACAAUGCCCAGGCCUAAAUGCAGCGGCAAAUCACGGCUUCCUGCCUCGCACUGGCGUCACAACUAUUCAGCAAACGAUUGACGGCCUUGGAGCUGCUUACAGCAUGUCGCCAGAGCUCGCAUUGGCACUGGCAGUCAUCUCUGUUGCUAUCUCCGGCGAUCCAAUCGCAGGCACCUGGUCUAUCGGCGGUGCAUAUGGCGGUACUUUAGGCCUUCUGGGUAAGCCAAGUGGUAUUCUUGGCACACACAACCGCUACGAGGGAGACGCAUCGAUCGUCAGAGGCGAUGCCUAUAUGCACGAUGGGUUUGUUGGCUUCUUUGAAGACCACCGCUGGAACCGACUCUACGACGCCAUCGGAUCAGACGGUCUGACCCAUGACAAAGCCGCGGCUCAAGCAUACUACACCGCGCAAUACUCGAUCGAGAACAACCCAUACUACUUCUCUGGUCCCUUCUCCGGCCUCGUGGCACCCGAUGCCCACAACUUCGUCGUCCACCUAAUGUCCAACCGCUCCGAAGAGAAUAAAGGCGGUGACCUCAAAGCCAACGUUCUAAAAUCCUUCUUCUCCGUCACCGGCGAACCCGGAAGUUUCGUGCACACUCCAGGCCACGAACGGAUCCCCUUGAACUGGUACAAACGCCCCACCUCUCAACCCAUGAACACCGUCGACACAAACGCCGACACCGUCAUCAACAACGGAAUGUAUCCGGGUAUCAUUCGUUUCGGAGGCAACACCGGGCAAACGAACUCUUUCGUCGGUAUCGAUACCGGAAAUUUGACGGGAGGUGUAUUCACUGGAAGCUCUCUUCUCGAAGGCAACAACCUUUCCUGCUUCCUGUUGCAAGCGACUCAAGCUGGACUAUCGGAUGCUGCAUUCCCACUAUUGGAGCCUGUCGGACAGAUCUUGGAUUUCAUGAGCAAGAAUUUGGGACCGCAGCUCCAAGGACUCAAUUGUCCGCAAUUGCAUAGCUUUAAUAAUGAGCUUUUUAAGGCUUAUCCUGGAGCGACGUUUAAGGCUCAGGGACAGUAAUUGGGAGGACAAUGGACUGGGCGAUUGAGAUGUGAGAUCUAUCGUUGAUGUGUUGUCGUUGAUAGCCAUCCAAAAUUGAUGAAGAAUUGUAAUGUACUCAGAUCGUUUCCAAGUUCUCAGCGGGUUGUACGAAACUUGCGCAUACGCAAGAGAGACUCUCUCUCUCUCUUUGUCGAGGAACAGUCCAUAACCUUCCUUGCCGACAACAUCAAGCAAACCCACUCACCACUCUCUGCCUAGCGUCCGAUCUCC